AUGGAUUCCCCGGCCCUCCUUAAGCAGCUGGCAAGUGAUGGUGCUGCCGUGAUGAGGGUUUUGGGAAUGGCCCAAGUGCUGGCUAAGGGUGGUUCGGGUUCUGCCGAGGCUCUGAAGAAGGCGGAGUCGGCCAGGAAGCAGGCCGAGGAUAAGGUGAAAUCCAUGGAGGCCGACCGUGAGAAGUUGAAAAAGAAAAUUGAUGCGGCUCUGAAGCAGAAAGAUGGGGAGAUCGCGGCGGAGAAGAAGAAGCUUGCUGACCUUCAACUGGAAUGGGCACCCUCGGCUGACGAGUUCCCGGAUGUGGCUGCGUUGAAGUCCAGGGUCGAGCUCGUCGAAAAGAUAGAUGGGCUGAAGAUGAGCCUUGCCGAGAUGGCUGAAGCUGGGUUCGACCGUGCAGUUCGUCAGCUGAAGUUUCUGAACCCUGGUUUGAAGGAGGAUAACAUUGGGCUUUCUUCGAAGAUCGUGGACGGGGUUUUGGUGCCCGAAUCUCCCGACGGCGACGAAUAG